GCUACAGGCGCACAGCAAGCCUCUCGAUACAUAUGCCGAGAAAUGUCCUUGAUUUCCCCCUCAUAAAUCUACGCCAGAGAGCUAGCAUCAUGUUCAGGUCCGGGAGACCACCCCACCAUGAUUCUACUAAUUGUGUAUGUCUUUCUAGCAUUAUGUUCGUUGGGAGCGUCAACGCCCAUAUUGUGGGACGGUCGUGCACCAUUCAACUUGACUAGCCCGGACUUAGAUUCAUCGACGGGUCCGUACCUGACAGUUGUAAAGGGGAGCACAGAAAAUGCGAGUCAUUACUCGAACCUGCAUGGACAUGCCUUGCAUCCUACUCCCCUCUGGAACAAAGUCUUACUCAUACCCGCAGAGCAAGUCAUCUCGGUAUCUAUCGACAACACUUCCGUGUUCAUACCGGGUUCUGGUCCACCACAGCUUGGUUUUCGGCGUACAGAGUUUAUCGCAGCCGUGAAUGGCGAUCAUGACGAUUUGAACCCUGUCUUGGAAAGUGGGACUACAGUGUUCCACUUCUCUAUCAAGAAAGAUGAAAGAAGACCUUUGAAUUAUAGUCAUGAGUAUCAGAUUGUCUUCAUUGAGCCUAGCGAAGGGACGCAUGUCUUUGGGAUCCAACUUGGGUCUCCGUUCACGAACCCUACAGGCAAACUUCCUGCCAAGAACGCACAUUCAUUCAAAGUCCUUGACCACGACUUGAAUGUCCUCUUCACGGCUCCUUUCACAUCUGGCUCGUGGCAUCACUUCGCAAUCCAAGUUGAUUGGACGAAUAAGACUCUAGCGGUGUUCUAUUCAAAGGAUGCAUCACCUCUUCGACCAGUAACACGACUUGUACCCAACCUUUCUGUUGCUAGUGGCGCAUCUGACCAAGGGGACUUCCACUUCGGCGUUUUGAAGGUAAGAGGACAGUUAGCCAUCGAGUCUGAUUUUGCUUGGCAUCUUCCUCAGCUUCCGCUCGUGAAUCCGGCGGACAGACCUGCCGACCGGGGAGAUGUCGUCCAUCAUGGAAUCCAAGAGGGGACUACGGAAGGGUUGCUUUAUUCAGGAGUAUUCGUCGAAAGCGUUUCGCGCGGUGUCAGCAUCGGAAACAGUUUAUUGGCACGGCCAAUUUCGUAGCAAGAAAUUCCAUUUCGCCCUUGUGUGUUUGUAUUGAAAUCUUUGCAGUACCGCGUGCGAGAUCUAUCGAGAAGAAAAUGAAAGACCCAUGUAGAUAACCCAGUCAACAUGCCCAAAGUGAAUCAAGGUAAAGCUAGGAAUUUCGG